UUGGGGAGGUGCCGCGGCCUGAGUCUUAGGAGAGGGACUGUGCCGCCUCCAAGGGGCUGAAACUGAAUUGCCCAACUUCCACAGAACCCGGGUGACCGCGGGAGUGACAUUGGCGCUUGGCCUCAUUCCAACCUCGGGGGCCCCCUGCUGUGUUUUGCCCCCCCCCCCUUAGAUUGGCCGAAGCUAUCCCGUGGAUGGACUGGAGUCACCCAGGCCAGUCUGGCUGGAGGUGGCAGGGGGUGCAGGGAUAGAGCCCUGGCGCCAACAAAGGGGCCUUUCUCUGCUGUCCAGGAAGAGGCUGGCCCUUGUUAAUCGGGGAUGGGGCGUUGUCUGGCCGCCAUUGUCCCCGCCCCCAACCCCAUAUCACUCACUUGGGACAGAGACAUCAGCCAUCCCCCUGCUCUGGGGAGGGGAAGCAGGCAUGACAGAGCCCCUUCAUAGGUCAGCAUAAUCACAAUCUGGCUUUGUUGCUCCCCUGACCAUCCCAGUUCCCAGCUGGGAAGUGGGAAGGUCGGAACCCAGGAUGGGGAUGUGGUGGGCCACUCUUGGAUGACCAGGCAGAGGGAGCAUGCCCGAGGGACCUGUCAGGGGCACAGCAAGCCCCUGGCUAAGCGGUGCCGCCUUCAGCCUAAAGAUGCCGCCAAGAUGCCAGAGAGCGCCUGGAAGUUCCUCUUCUAUCUGGGUGCAUGGAGCUACAGUGCCUACCUGCUCUUUGGCACUGACUACCCCUUCUUUCAUGACCCACCCUCCAUUUUCAACGACUGGACGUCAGGCAUGGCGGUACCACGGGACAUUGCAGUCGCCUACCUGCUGCAGGGAAGCUUCUAUGGUCAUUCCAUCUAUGCUACGCUGUACAUGGAUGCCUGGCGCAAGGACUCCGUGGUCAUGCUCAUCCACCACGUGGUCACCCUGGUCCUCAUCGUCUCCUCCUAUGCCUUCCGGUAUCACAACGUAGGCAUCCUUGUGCUCUUCCUGCAUGACAUCAGUGAUGUGCAGCUGGAGUUCACCAAGCUCAACGUCUACUUCAAGUCCCGAGGCGGCUCCACUUACCGCCUGCAUGCGCUGGUGGCGGACCUGGGGUGCGUCAGCUUCAGCCUUAGCUGGUUCUGGUUCCGCCUCUACUGGUUUCCACUCAAGGUCCUUUAUGCCACGUGCCACUGCAGCCUGCGCUCAGUGCCUGACAUCCCCUUCUAUUUCUUCUUUAAUGCACUCUUGCUGUUGCUCACCCUCAUGAACCUCUACUGGUUCCUGUACAUCGUGGCUUUUGCCGCCAAGGUGCUGACGGGCCAGAUGAAUGAACUUAAGGAUGUGCGGGACUACGACUCUGCAGAGGCUCCAAGCCCCAAGCCCAGCAAAGCUGAGAAACCGCCGAGGAACGGGCUGGUGAAGGACAAGCUCUUUUGAACCCAUCGCCCCCAGCCCCGCCCCCCUGAGUCCCGGAUCAACCACGACACCCCCGGGGGCGCCGGCCAAGAUCUUCUCGACCCGGGAGCCCGGCCCAGGCCACCUCCGUCCCUCGCGGGCUCUGACCUUUCCCUGUCACCUCCC